CGCGAGGGGCGUGGCUUCAACUUUUAAGUGGGAAUUCUCAGUUCAAAAAGCCGAAACGUCUCACAGCGUGAGAGUAAAGCACUCCUACUGCGGCUAUUCCUCCAAAAGAUGUGCUUUGUGCGCAAAGUAACGACUUAUCUCAGUUAAUUUGGAAAGAAAAGAAGCGAGUUUUGCAGCUGAGCCGAGGAAGUCUCAGAAAGACGAGAAUCGGGUAGAAAGUCGUUGCUGACCGGAGCGGAGGACACCUUCACAAGACACAACCUCCAUAACCGUCUCACCUGAGGCCGACAGCAGGAUGUCCGUGGAGACUUACUCAGCGCUGGACGAGACCUCCCUGCGAGCCUUGCUGGAUGGAACGGUGGAUCUGGACGAGAGGCACCUCAUCCGUUCAGCCAUCAGAGAACUGAGGAGGAGGGAGAUUGAGGACCUGGAGGCGUCUCUGGCCAGCAAAAGAUUUCGACCCACGCGCCUUAAUCCACAGGAAGAUAAAGAGAACCUGCACAGUUCAGAAUCGAACGAGAACUUGGACACCCUGUCUGAACAACUGCAGUCAAUCCAGGAUAUAGAUGAACUAACAAAAAUGCUCCGCUCUUCCAGCAAGUAUGAGGAGCGGAAAAUGAUUCGAGCGUCCAUCAGACGGAUCCGGGACCAGCAGCUUCAAGGACAAACAGAACGUGAUAUAACCUCUGAUCGCCACUUGGAGCCUGAGAGUGUGGAGUCCCAGAGCAGCAAGGGGACCAGGGAGGCAGGGCGUGAGAAACAAGGAGAGCUGGAGUGCGUCAGAUCUCAGAUCCAGGAGCUAAAAAGCCAGCAGACACAACACAGCAGAGAUCUGCAGAGCCAAGGCUUCAAAUCGAGCAUGAUGCUGGUCCUUGAUCACCCAGGAAAGGACAGUGACUCUGGGUCUCUGUUGAUCCGGCCUCAACCAGAAACUUUGCCUUCAGAGACCAAUUUGGUUCUUUCUCAUCGGCAAAGAUCAGACUCCUCAGCGUCAGAAAACAGCGUGAGCUCUGCUCACUCCAGGUCCAAUCUGGAUUCUGUGGCCUCAGAGAGAAGACAGGUCUCAAGCGUACUUGCUCGGCGGGAUUCUGGAGCUUCAGACAAAAGCAGUAGUUCAUCCCAGUGUGAACACCUCGACUCUAGCACAUCUGAAAAAAGCAUCAGCUCCGUCAUUCACUCCAGACAGAGACUUGGAUCAGAUGUAUCCGAUUCGUGUGUCAGACCACAACUGGGAUCAAGAUCCUCAGAUAUCUUGAGUAUGUUGGCAAGGACACGGACCAAUUCUAGCAUGAGCGUGUCUUCCGAGGAGAGGGGUCCAGCUGAGGAGGUAACCUCAAGUUCAACUUACAGCACUGAUUCCGAAACGGAGAAAAGCCGAAGUCCCGCCAGCAUCCAGACUCAGUCCAACCAUGAUCAUGUUGGUGACAAUGAGCAGCCUGAUGGCGCUGGUUUAUCUCGCCAAAACCCUGUAAAUGGCCUGCCCAGUAGCACCAGCAAUAAGGAGACAGCAGACGACCAAAAGCCAAAGAAAACUCUGAACAGCAGUCUGUCAUUCAGGCAUGUCAAUGAGAGAAAAUAUGCACCUGAGAAGAAAGAUGCUGUUCUGGAACAAAUUCACCGCACUAGCUCUGUCCGAGAUCGAAUGCGCAAGUUCACAGAAGCCAGCCAAAGCCCAAAUAUCCCAUCUUUGAAGAAAACCCCUCUUAAGAAUGGGAUCACCCCUGGCAGCAGCAGCCAGCAUGUUUCUAGAGCUGCAGCACUGUUUACACACACAGCAGCAUCCCUCAGCACAUCUGGAGACACGCCAGCAAGGCCACGUGCUGACUCAGCAUCUCGCACCAUCACAGCAUCGCACAGUCAAACUACACUUCACCCGGGAGGUGUGGCCAACAGUCCUCUGUCUUCAAUUGGCCAGUCCCAGGACAUCACAGGAGGGACAAGGUUUCCAGCUGAAAAAGAUGUGCACGCCUCUGUGGAGUCAAAGGAAGACAGCACUUCAGGGAGACCAGCUGGAGAGAAAGACGCAGACAUGAAGACCUUUCUCAGCAUCGAGAUCAAGGAUGGACGCGCCACCACCACCUCCACCAUGCCGGCUCCAAGAGGCAACGUCGUGCCCAUCACCAGCAUGACCCCACGCAUUACCACUCUAGGGCAAAAACAAGAGUUGACCCUCGGCCUUCGACCAACCCCGUUCAAGAUGUCCUCAUCUACCUUCUCAUCUGGACCCUCCAUCAAGAUGGAAAAGGAGCCCGUUGUUGCCUCAGAGCCAGUGUUUUCUGCCAAACCCUCCCUGCAGGUGACCCGUCACAACCCACCCACUCCCAGUGAUCCCUGCUCCCAGGUCAAACCUGUGGAGUCCUCUGGAAAACUAACUGAAGAACAGCUUGCUGCGAUUGAGGAUGAAGAUGUUCUUGACAAAAUGCUUGAUCAGUCCAAAGACUUUGAGGAAAGGAGAAUGAUUCGCGCAGCACUGAGAGACCUUCGCAAAAAAAAUAGAGAGGCUAUGCUGGGCUGUACGCAGGAGGAAUUGGACCAAAGACUAAAGGAGCGAGAGACUCGCCUGCAGGAGCUGCUGCAGCAGAGAGAUCGCGCGCAGAGAGCUCACGCUGGGCCCGGAGCUGGAGAGGUGGUGGUGAAGAAGGUGGAGAAGUCAGCAGAUGGAUCAACCAUCAGCCAAGUGACCAAGACAAACCGAUUCACACAGUCUGAUGAUAGGAACAAAUCAAGUACAACUGUGGAGACAAGUUACGUGCAGAAAAUUGACAGAGGAACCCUCCACUCAAAGUCUUUCAGCUACACCUCUUCCUCAACCUCUAACACCAGCAAAAAAGUUGGCAGUGUGUUUGAUCGCGAAGAUGACACACCCUCUCGUGCUUUGGAGCGACGGCAGGCAGAGAGGCGCAAAGAGGUGGCGAGGGCUCAAACCAUGCCGAAGACGUCCGCCAUGCAAGCUCGCAAAGCCAUGAUGGAGAAGUUGGAGAAGGAGGGAGGCGGACCUUUCAAUCAGGUUGUUGCUAAGGUAAACAGGGUGCAGCGCUCCACCAGCUUUGGUGUACCCAACGCUAACUCCAUCAAGCAGAUGCUGCUCGACUGGUGUCGUGCCAAGACUCGCUCGUAUGAGCAUGUGGACAUCCAGAACUUUUCAUCCAGCUGGAGCGACGGCAUGGCGUUUUGUGCCUUGGUGCACAGUUUCUUUCCAGAUGCUUUUGACUACAGCUGUCUGAGUCCGAGCAACCGCAGGCACAACUUUGAAGUGGCCUUCAGCGCCGCAGAGAAACUAGUGGACUGCCCCCAGCUGUUGGAUGUGGAAGACAUGGUGAAGAUGCGUGAGCCAGACUGGAAGUGUGUGUACACAUACCUGCAGGAGUUCUACAGGGGUCUGGUGACAAAGGGCCUGGUUAAAACCAAAAAUUCCUCCUAGAACUGCACCCUUCCUAACAGUGAAGCAAUGGACCUGUGUGAACUGCAUGCCUUUGCUGGAGGUGGAAGACAUGAUGAUCAUGGGAAACAAACCCGACUCCAAAUGUGUCUUCACCUACGUACAGUCUCUGGUCAAUCACCUGCGGCGAUAUGAGAUGUCCAUGGGCCGCUCCUCUGACCUCUGACCUGGGAUUAGUCUUUAUCUGUCCAGCUCCAUCCAUCUUUCAUCCCUAAAUUGCCUCUCUACCGCCUGAUAGAGAUAUUUGUUCAGCAGACAGAGUCAUAUUCAUCGCACAUUUCUGAUGGACAUGUGCAAAAACAACUACAUAUUGUUUUUGCUUAGCAUGUUGUAUGUUUGGGCAGUGGUGAUAUUUUUAUUAUUUUAGUUCCCUUUAGGACACAGUUUGUUAAAAAAAAAACAUGUCUUUAAUAUUAUUAUGUUAUUAUAGUUGUUCACAAACUUUUUUAUACAAGCUCCAAUAUGCUGCAGCCAUUUUGUUUGUUUGCAUAUUGAAAAAAUCCAAAGGAAAAAUAUGUUUUAAAAUAACAUUUUCCUGUUGAACGUAUUACUUUAGAUGCAUUUCUGCUCUUCAAUAGUCAUUUUACUGUUUUUAGCACUUCUGUUGGUGAUUCCAUUAAUAGAUAUGUUUUCCCCUCAUUAACCAAAAGUGGUUUUCUAGUAUUUUUUGUGCUACUUUGAUUUUAAUGUUGAUCCAUUUAAUGAAUCUGUUCAUUUUUAAUCACACAAUCUUUUAUUCAAAGAUUUUAUUCAGAUUUAGAUUGUCUAAUUCUUUACCCCCCCCUCCCCAACUUCAGUUACUUAAAAUAUGAAUACAUUCUGCUGAUUAACUAACAGCAGAUGAACGAUUGUCGCCACCUCAAUCAGAACCCAUCAUGAAGUCCAAUAAAUGCUCAUCAAUGCCCAAUUCUUUUUUUAUUUUUACUUUUUUUGUUGUAGUUUGCGUGUGUACAUUAUUCUUCUAAACCUUUAGAUUGAAACUACUUUUAAAACACCUUUGACUACCUUUCUUUUGAAAGCCAGCUGUAGGGUAAGUGAGGCUAUUAAGAACAGAUACAGGAAAAAAAAACUUGUAUAUUUAACAACAAUGAAGCUAAGCAAAGAUUUUAAAUUAAGUUUAUUAUUUCACUUGUUGAAUUCAGGUUUCUUUGAGAGGAUGUGUAAUUUGAGUUCAGUGUUACAGCACAGAUUUCUACUAGCUUUGUUUUUGUCAAAGAUGUUUUUAAAUGACUCCACUGCUGGCGCCUGUUGGAUAAAAAGACCUCCACAAAGCAGUGAGUUUAGUGUGACUGUGUGCGUGUGUAUAUAAGAGCUUUAACACAAUAGAAUUUCAUGUUUCUGUGCACCACAGUUAAAUGUGAAUUCACAAUUAAAUCAGUUGUGGGA